UUGGAGAUGUUCUCACACUCCUGAGCUCUUGGCAAGAUGUGGAAGGAACUGUGCACGGUGUCCUUUUAUCGGGCUGUCUUCACUGAGUUCCUGGUCACGGCUAUCUACGUUUUCUUUGGCGUGGGCUCCACACUCCCCUGGCCGGUGAACACCCCCUCCAUCCUUCAGAUCGCCAUCACUUUCAACUUGGCUGCAGCCACCGCUGUCCAGAUUGCGUGGCACUCAAGCGGGGCUCACGUCAACCCAGCGGUGACCGUGGCCUUCCUGUUGAGCUCUCGCGUUUCGUUGGCCAAGGCUGCCUGCUACGUGGCUGCCCAGCUGGUGGGAGGCAUUGCCGGUGCUGCCACACUUUACGGUGUGACUCCUGGGAAUAUUCGAGGAAAUUUAGGCAUUAAUACGCUGCAAAACAACGUCACCUCUGGACAAGCAGUGGGAGUGGAGAUCAUUUUGACCCUCCAGAUGGUCCUCUGCUAUUUUGCCUCCACUGACAGCCUCCGAAGUACUGGCUCUCCAGCUAUCAUGAUUGGCAUCUCGGUUUCAUUAGGACACGUAGUUGGGAGAUACUUCACCAGCUGUUCCAUGAAUCCAGCUAGAUCUUUUGGUCCUGCAGUCAUAGUCCAGCGCUUUCCUGACCAUUGGGUAUUUUGGGUGGGGCCCUUAGCAGGUGCGAUCGUGGCAUCUCUGCUUUAUAACUUCGUUAUUUACCAUGACCCAAAGAGCUUUACACAGAGACUAGCUAUUCUCAAGGGCAGCUAUGAUAUAGAACGCUUGGAGAAAGAUGGGAACAAGAAGAUUGAAUCAAUAUCAAUAUCACUGCCCAACAAUAUCACUACAGUAGAAAGACUGUAGGCGCCUAGAACCCUGUGUAAAAGGGCACUGAUGGCCCCUUCUGUUGUCACCAAAGGCUCAAACGAGAGACUAAAACUUAUAGGCGGAUUAUUCCAUCCAUGGCCACUAGAGGGCUCCAAGUGCCUUUCUCUGGACUCUCACAAUAGCGGAUGCAUCUUCUGAUAUAUCUGCAUUGACAUGUUCCAGAUCUUCAAAGAGACUUUGAGCAAGAGAGACAGAGGCUAGCAGGAGCAGCUGAUACUUGGUGCCAUAUUGCUGAAGGAGGUCUGACACCUCUUAUGGAGUUGAAAGGGCAGAGGGCAGCAGUUUGGAGGGCCACGACUUCUUUCCCAAGGAGAAUGUGAACUGCUGCUAAGAGUGACAAUGAUCAUGUACAGCAGCUGUGUCAAGGCUCAAUCCUGCAUUCAUAAAUGCAGAACAUCCAGAGUGUAAAUAGUAAAUACUAAUAGGAAAGGAUCGGCUGCUGAUGGUUCUUUCACAGGCAAAUGGGUCAUUUCACCAGUGCAAUGUCACAAUUCUGUAUAAAUCCCUGCUAACCCAUACAGUACAAAGUCAUAAGCAAGGCUCUCGGAUGGUCUGAUGUGACAGCUUCAUUGGCACUGUCAUCUGCCCCCCCUCGCCCCCCAUGUUCCUGAUUAAAAACCCAAUGUACUUCCAGAAGGAGCUUUUCUCAGUGGAAUAGCAUGACUCAUCCCAGCAGCGGAGCGUGGGGUGGGGUGGGGUGGGGUGUCAUUCCCGAGUUUAAACCUUUGCUGCGUGCAACACAGAAGAACUGAAGAAGGAGCCUCUGCUGGAUCUCCUCUUCAACUCAGUAAAAGACACCCCCCCCCCCUUGCAUGCAGAGUCUUGAUCUCGGCAUCAUCUAAAUUUAUGACUUGAGCAACCAAAGGAUUUUGUGACUGUCCUUCCCUCCAAGUUCCCACUUAAUGACAACCUGAGCACAGAAAAGAACAUGCAUUUGAUGACAUAAUGGUGUGAAGAGAGUGACAACUACCCAGGCGUAGAAGGGUAAUAGGAAAAUCUUCAUGGAGGGUCAGACCUAUCAUCAGUCAAGAUGCCAAAUUCAAGGAUACCGUCAUGCUCUUGGGUUGUACUAAGAAAUGGUUCCUGGAUCAGAGUGGACUGCUGAGUGAUCUCUAUUGAGUGGAAAUGGGCUGCAAUUUGGAACUAGGCUGAAGGGGGCAGUCAAAGCCAGGCCAUUCUCCCCUCCCCAACUGGAGUACCAUCACUCCAAUGAUGUCCAUGAUUUGUGUUUCUUUCCUUGUUUUGCUCCUAUAAAUGAAUGGCUGCCAUUCACUCCUAUGGAAGGGGGAAUGAAAUUGAAAUACUGCCAUUCAGGACAAUGCUGCCUCCUAAUCAGGGGUUGCGGUCAGAAAGACAAUAAUCACUGGAACGCUUAGACCAAUGGAUGAUUUGCAUGAGAAUAACGAGUGUCUUACGAAAUCCAUACAAAAGUUUCACCAUCAUAUGUUCAUAGAUUGUGUAUAGAUUCCAAGAAGUUCAGAGCCACACUGUUAAAGCACAGAUGGGGAUUAAAUCUGAAAUAAAUGUGUUUCCCUUUGGACAAAAUCAGUCCUAAUACACACUGGAUGAGAUUCUAAGAUGCCCAGUGCUUGAAAGUUACCAUCUGACAACCAGUAUUUGGGAUUUGAUAAUUUUGCAUUGAUAUUUGACUGCCACGCAUACAGUACAAUCCCAAAGAGUGUUU